AUGGAGCAGAUGGCCAGUUCACUGGAUGACCUCGAGGAGUUAGCGCUUUGUUCUUGCUGUCAGCGUGUAUUCGACGAGACUGAGAGACUGCCUAAACUCCUUUCAUGCAAACACUAUUUCUGCCUCCCCUGCACCCGAAGCGUGUUGGAAGCCGGUCGGGAGGUACGCUGCGUGCACUGCUGGAAGAGGACCGAGCUGCCAGAGGGACGUGCAGAGUCGCUGCCAACGCACGCCGCAGUCUUGUCUUUAGCUCGCCGCCUGAGCCCAGAUCCGCCUUGCUCCGUUCACUCGCUACCCGCGCUCUGGUGCGCCGUAUGUGGGGUGCGCGCCUGCAGAGCCUGCGACCACACGCAACACGCGCACGCCCUUCGUCCUACCCGAGAAGCACGCACCUUACUGCAGCGGGAUACCCGCCUUCUACAAUCCGAUCUUCAGAGGCUAGCUGUACGUCAGCGAGAUUUUUUACUUCGGGCCCUUGACGCCGCUACUGCUUUGAAAACCCGGCUCGAGGCAGAACUCGCUCUACCCAUUACAUACCCGAUACCUUUUGAGAGGACUAGUGUCGAUGUCGAAAGCUGUUCGUUGGCGGCGGCUACAGCUGAACGGGAACGUCUCCGCGCCCGCCACGCUGAUGCCCUGCUACAAUGUCGUCUCGACGACUUAAUUCGAAGCGCCAACGUCCCCUUAGAUUUUGAACUUUUGCGACGCGCUCUCUCAGGGCUCUGUGCAGGUGAAUCAUCGCCUACACUCCCGGGAGAAGAGCGACGUGAUCCCGUUCUCUUCUUGGCUAACUAUUGUAUGGCCCAACUUUACACGAGACACUGUCUGGUCCGGCGCGUUCCGACGCUGGAUGUCAUAGAUGGUACGGGAGCUCUCGAAGCGGACGCAGCGCCGGAGGCGGCCUCCCCUGCGCCUACUACUGCGGCUCUCGGUUCACCGAUGCUGCGCAACCCGUCCACGUAUCCGUUAUUUUACUUUAAUUUGGAGGUAAACGGUACCCCAUUUGGGCGUGUAGUGAUAGAAGUACGCGAAGAUGUCGCACCAAGAAUGGCGCGUAACUUUGCAGUUCUGGCGACUGGCGAACUCGGUGUAGGUUAUCGCGGCUGCACGGUAUUUCAGUGUUGGGAGAAUGAAAGCGUCAUCACUGGGGAUUUCGAGUUAAAUAAUGGCCGCGGGGGCCGUUCCGUUUUUGAGGAAAAUUAUUUCAUGCCAGAUGAUACAAAGAUGGUCGCCGUACGCGGUUCCGUUGGCAUGCGUCGGUCGCAAAAACGCCACGACAAUUUGGGACUAGUCGGAUCUCAGUUUAGAAUUAUGUUACGUGAGAUGCGUGGCUUCACGGCUAUUUUCGCUUUCGUCGUAGAGGGUCUCGAGUUGGUCGAUCGUCUGAGUCGCACCGGCGACAGUGCCGGUAAGCCUCACAGCUCCAUUCUUAUUACCAGCUGCGGCAAAUUAAACUAG